AGUGACCCUCGCCGCUGUCUGCACGGGCGCACGGAUCUGAGUGGCCGCUUGUGUGGACACUGAAGCCAGGGGCGAGAGUCAGGAGGGAGGCCGAAGAGAAGCAGCGGUCGAGGCGACAUGGCUGAUUCGAAGCGUUGUGGGCGAUACGCGUAUGAAGACUAUGAGCUGACAGCGCAGUGGCUGCUGUCCCGCACGGAGCACCGACCAAAGGUCGCGAUCGUGUGCGGCUCCGGCCUCGGAGACCUGGCCACUCAGCUGUGCGAUGCCACCGUAUUCCACUACCGGGACAUCCCCAACUUCCUCGAGACCACCGUGCCAGGGCACGCUGGGCGGCUGCUGUUCGGGCUGCUGAGCGGGGAGGUGUGCGUGUGCAUGCAGGGCCGCGUGCACGCAUACGAGGGCCACUCCAUCGAGCAGAUCACAUAUCCCGUACGAGUGUUCAAGCUGAUGGGAAUCGAGACACUGAUUCUCACCAACGCAGCUGGAGGCCUAAACCCCGACUACAAGGCUGGGGACAUCAUGCUCGUGAGAGACCACAUCAACCUGCCCGGCCUCAUGGGCCUCAACCCCCUAGUGGGGCCCAAUGAUGAAAGACUGGGCGUGCGCUUCCCUUGCUUGUCGGACACAUACGACCUGGCCUUACGGCGCACGUGCUCGCGUGUGGCGGCGCAGCUUGGCGUGACAGAGUUGGUGCACGAGGGCGUGCUGUGCAUGCAGACGGGGCCCUGCUAUGAGACGGUGGCCGAGAGCCGCCUCCUGCGAUCGUUCGGCGCCGACGCCGUGGGCAUGAGCACGUUGCCCGAGGCCGUGUGCGCAUACCACUGUGGUCUGCGAGUGUUGGCGCUCACGCUCAUCACCAACAUGGCCGUCAGCAACUACCGGAGCGAGGAGCGCACCAACCACGCCGAGGUGCUGCAUACGAGCAGCUUGCGCGCCGUCGCCCUGCAGACCCUCGUCAGCGCCGUCGUCGCGCAACUCAGCCAGUUCCACCGAGAGGGCGGAGACGCCGCGGCUGCCGUCGAAUGAAGAGGGGUGGCAGCGGUGGUCGAAUGUCGCUCAAACGUGGGACCCUGCAUGAACUCGAACCAUUGUGACAUCUGCGCCCUGUUGAUCGUUCAUACUUUGUCUAAAGGUUGUUAUCCACCAUUAGCGAUCCCUCUAGUAGAGUGAUUCUUAACCUUGACUGCAGCCUGAACCCCUUUGGCUCUCAGAAAGGGCAUCUUGCACCCCAGGUUAAGAACCACUGCUCUAGUACAAUGUUCCAUUUCUCACAGUCGAGGCAUUAUUCUUCAAUGUUUGCAGUGUUUUGCAAUGAGCAUUUAUACUCCACUCAGCUUUGUAGGGGUGCCACGGUAUGCAUGAUGUUAACUUCUUCGCCUGGUACUCUUUGGUUUUUUCGGUAAAGUCACGUAGGUAUAAAAUAAAAUAAAUUGAAUCACGACGUUUCGAUUGCAGCACAAGCAAUCAUCACCAGGUGGGAAAACCACAGCAAUUUUUUUUUCAGGAAAAAAAAAUUCAGGAUUUAUUUUCCUUGCUGUGGUUUUCACACCUGAUGAUGAUUGCUUGCGUUGCAAUCGAAACGUUGUGAUUUAAUUUAUUUUAUACCUACGUGACUUUACCGAAAGAACAAAAGAGUAUGGAUCCCUGCAGUCACGAAAACUUCAAAUCUAGAUUCCUCCGCCUGGUAUUAUUGGUUUUAAUCCUGACCCUGCCACCUGUAUAUUUGGAGUUUGCAUGUUCUCCCCGUGGUCACGUGCAUUUUUCUACGGUUCAUCCGUUUUUUCUCUCCACAUUUAGAAACCUGCGUUGACAGUAUUUGGCUGCUCUAAAGUUCCACAUGAUAAAGCACUUUGAGCUAUCAUUGGUGGACAGGUCACUUGUGAAAAAGAGCUUCAUAGCUCAGUGGGCUUUACAUGGUAAAAUAAAAAAAAUGUUAAGUAGUUUUCGGGCAACCUCAAGGUAAUUUUCCUUAAAUGAUUUAUUUCAUAAUAAUAAUGUCGUUGUGUAACGCACCUCACAGUAUUUCUUCUCUCAUAGAGAUCACGACUCGGGUGCAAGGAGGGGCCACAGAUGAGCGGGAAGGCAGUAGCCAGACGGUAAAGAGCCAGCGGCUCCUACUAAUUUCCCAAUCUCUGCGGUCCUCUAUCAAUCUAUUUCCAUUUUUCGAUUUAAAGCUUUCGUGACUGCAGGGAUUCAUAUUCUUGGUUCUUUCGGUAAAGUCACAUAGAAGGGAAAUAAUACAUAAUAAAAAUUAAACAAUAAAAUAAAAAUAAAAUAAAUUCAAUCACGACGUUUUGCUUGCAACACAAGCAAUCAUCAUCAGGUGUGAAAACCACAGCAAUAAUUUUUAUUUUUUUCAAAAACCACAGCAAGAAAAUUAUUUUUUUCAAAAAAAUGAUUGCUGUGGUUUUCACACCUGAUGAUUGCUUGUGUUGCAAUCGAAACGUCGUGAGAAUUUCAUUGUAAAUUUUUUAUUAUUUUAUUAUUUCCCUUCUACGUGACUUUAACGAAAGAACCAAGAAUAUCAAUCUACUUCCAGCUUAUUAAUAAGUGCUUAUACAUGUGGAAGGAAACGGGAGUCGAAGGAGAAAUCUCACAUGUUGCACAGUAGACAACUCUAUACAGGUGGAAAAAGAUGGACGCUAAUCCACUUUCUGUACUGCCUUCUGGCACGCGAGGGUUUGGCGACGAUGUUGCCCGCGAGACGGGAGUUUCACAUUUGUGUGAUAUACCAACCCUCGCUGCCUCCACAGUGCUUUACGACAUGCGUAGUCGCCAUUGCCCGGAUAAAAUGACCAAUUGCUCCACGUAAUCUGCGUAACUUCUAGUGACAUGCUCACUUUGCGUCAUCGUCACUAGGAGUUUCCACCACGGCUCAGGGCUGUAGAUAUGAGAUGAGGACCGGCUCAAGACGUAUUUGAACAGGGCAAUGGCUUCACGUAUUUGGGUGAGAAAGUCCAUUCAGCAAUAAUUCAAAAUCGCCGUGAAUGGUAAUCCCCAUUGCUCUUAGGCCACAGUGCGGUAGUGAGCAUGCAAGCCGAUACCGUGUAUUGGGGGGACGUGGCAGCCCUGGACAUUUAUGUCAACAGCUGAGUGGGUAUUGCAUCAGAUGCCGUUGCCACAUGCAGUGCAUAGCGGUGCUGUUGGGUCGUCGUGGCUGUUGAGUGUGCACAUUUGUUCUGCCCUGAACGUCAGUAAACAUUGAAGGAGUAAA